AUGUCUGAAACUCAAACCGAAGAGGUUCGUGCCUCAGUUCCCAUGGAGACCAAGGUUGAAGAUGUCAAAACCGAGAAGAAGCCAUUCUCCUGGCUCGAACCGCAUCCCACCUUUGUCAUCAUACUCGUUGGCCCUGAUGAGACUCCUUUCGGCAUACAGAAAGAUUUCCUCUGCUCUCGAUCCGAGUUCUACGAAAAGCACUUUUCAGAAACCAAACCCGAUGACAAGAUUGAGCACAUAGUCAAGCUUCCUGAGACCACAAAGGAAAUAUUUGGACUGGCUCAGCAUUUUCUUUACACGGACAAGGUGAUUGCGGACGAGGCCAAUCUCCCAUCGUACGAGGCUCUUGUUGGACUUUGGAAGCUUGGUCAUAAACUCAAUAUCAAGGGACUAUGUGACAAAGCUCUUACCGCUAUGAUUGACUGUCGUCGAAUCACGGAAUCGAUCCCAGCUACACCCCUUCUCAUCCAGGUCUGGAAGGAUACACCUGAAGGCUCAUCGAUUCGAAAACUGCUGCUGUCAUGGACCGCUGAGUACAUGCGCUUUUCGGACGCCCGAGCAGAAUUUGCCAAGUCGCUACCUCAGGAGGUCCUCAGCGAGCUUGUCGUUGCCAUGAGCUCCUUCGACACGGUUCCCGCCCCCGAAGCAUCAGCCACCAGUGCUGUCCCUUCUGUGACACCUCGAAAGAACGUUCAUUAUCUGGAGGACGAGCCUGAGAAUGAUGCGAAGAAGAGCAGACGAACGAGCGGUGGACCAGUCAGCGCUCCAGCAUCAGCAGAUCGAUCGAUCAAAGCUCGCGGAUCUUUGCCCAAGCCCGCGCCUCGACGAUUCUGGACCAGACUCGUCGGCCCUUUUAGAGACGCUGUCGAACCCGUGGAGGAUGGCGUGCCUGACUACUUCGAGAAGGUCAAACGACCAAUGGACCUUACCACGAUCAAGGCCAAGAUGGAUCGCAAGGAGUAUACCAGCGACGAAGAGUUCGUUGCAGACGUACGUCAGAUUUUCGAUAACUGCUUCACGUAUUGGAAGAAGGGAGACCCAAUGUGGCUUGCGGGGGAGAAGCUCCAGAAGACGUUCGAAGACAAGUUUUCUCACAUGAACAAAUGGAUUGCCAAGAUGGGUGGUGAUGAAGCCGACUAG